CUCAGGACCUUUGGAAGAACAGGCAAUGCUCUUAACCUCUGAGCCAUCUCUCCAGCCCGUUUGUUUAGUUUUCAAGACAGGGUUUCUUUGUGUAAUCCUGGAACUCUCUCUGUACACCAGGCUGGCAGAGAUCAGCUUGUCUUUACCCAUUCCCCCCCCCCCCCCAUGAGUGAUGGGAUUAAGUAACUUGGAUCCUCUUACAGAAACUUAUGGGAUUCCUUUUUACUUACAGUACCUUGCCCACUGGCCAGAGUAUUUCAUUGUCGCAGAGGCUCCUGGCGGAGAACUAAUGGGCUAUAUUAUGGGCAAAGCAGAAGGUUCAGUAGCUAGGGAAGAGUGGCAUGGACAUGUCACAGCUCUGUCUGUCGCCCCUGAAUUCCGCCGUCUUGGCUUGGCUGCUAAACUUAUGGAGUUACUAGAGGAGAUUUCAGAAAGAAAAGGUGGAUUUUUUGUUGAUCUCUUUGUAAGAGUGUCCAAUCAAGUUGCAGUCAACAUGUACAAGCAGUUGGGUUAUAGUGUCUACAGGACAGUCAUAGAGUACUACUCAGCCAGCAACGGGGAGCCUGAUGAGGAUGCCUAUGAUAUGAGGAAAGCACUUUCUAGAGACACCGAGAAGAAAUCCAUCAUACCAUUACCUCAUCCUGUAAGACCUGAGGACAUUGAAUAACCAUAGGCAGUGGUUCUUAGGCAGGUGUUCCAGACAAGUUUGUGGACAUAUUAUUUUCAUAGGAUGAUCUUGGAGCUCUAUUAGGAGGAAAGUAAUCAUUUAGGUCUUAAAGACUUCAUGAAAAUACAGGCUAUAAACUUCAAAUCUCACCGUUCCAAUGAGCAAUAGCAUACAUGUUCAAACUGUUUGCCAUAGUAAAAUUCAAAUUAAAUCAAGGCAGCUAAGUCAGAAGGACACGUUCCGCUAUCAUGGUUGACAGUAUGCAGUACAUGCCAAGGAAAGACUCCCUCUGUCCUCCUCCUAAAUCCUGUGCCUGAGAACCACUGCUGCACAUAUAUAAAUAUAUAUAUAUUUUAUUUUGUAUUGAACUCUUAAUUGAAGCUUUAAAAGCAUAUAUGAAAUGUAUAAAUCUGAGAUGUAUAGUAAAACACAUUGUUGACUAUGAA